CUUUCACUUUUAGUUUUCUUUUUAAAAACAAUUUCCCCCCAUGAGAAUGCAGCAGCCACAGCAAGGCAUGUUCACAAGGAGGCCCUAUAAAAUUAACAAUAAUCAUUGAUGGCCACAUUUUUCAUAGAAAUUUUCUUUCAGUUGCCAACUGUUUCACGUCUCCCCUGCUCAUCGAUGCAUCUGCAGAGGCACACACCUCUCCUGAAAGCCUAGAUUUUUACUCAUAUUCGAAGCUUAAGCACUCUGUUGCUGAAUUACAAAAGAGAUUUGAACUCAGGAGGAGGGAGAAAGAGUUCAAGAAUCACGAUGAGUUUUUCAAAAGUGUCUUUCUUGAUUUUCAUUCUGUUCUUGCUUUUAUGCAAGCCUACUUUCUCGGACUUGCUUUUGACUUCUAAAGACCUCCCUGAGAUCCCCAUAAAUUUCCUCAACUUUGCCAAGCAAACUGAAGUCUUUGAUUGGAUGGUGGGCAUUAGGAGACAAAUACAUGAAAACCCUGAACUGGGCUAUGAAGAAUUUGAGACCAGUAAACUUAUUAGAGAAGAAUUGGAUAAGAUGGGAAUUCCGUACAGGUACCCUGUUGCAGUUACUGGUGUACUCGGCUAUAUUGGUUCAGGAAAGCCUCCCUUUGUUGCAAUAAGGGCGGAUAUGGAUGCCCUUUCUUUACAGGAAAUGGUGGAGUGGGAUCAUAAGAGUAAGAAUCCUGGAAAGAUGCAUGCUUGCGGACAUGAUACGCAUACUGCAAUGCUUCUUGGUGCUGCGAGAAUACUUCAAGAGCAUCGCGACCUUGUGAAGGGAACCGUUGUUCUUGUUUUCCAACCAGCAGAGGAAGGAGGUGGAGGGGCAAAGAAGAUGGUAGAAGCUGGAGCACUGGAGAAUGUUGAAGCUAUCUUCGGCAUCCAUUCCACUACUUUCUUGCCAGUGGGUGAAGUUGCCUCCAGGUCUGGUCCUUUUUUGGCUGGGAGUGGCUCUUUUGAAGCUGUAAUAAGUGGGAAAGGGGGUCAUGCCGCCAUUCCUCAGCACUCAGUAGACCCAAUACUAUCUGCAUCAAAUGUAAUUAUGAGCUUACAACAUCUUGUAUCUCGAGAAGCUGAUCCUCUCGACUCUCAGGUACUUACAGUUGCUAAAUUCCAAGGAGGAGGUGCAUUUAAUGUUAUUCCAGAUUCUGUUACCAUUGGUGGCACUUUCCGAGCCUUUUCAAAGGAAAGCUUAAUGAAACUUAAGCAGAGAAUUGAAGAGGUUAUUGUCGGACAAGCUGCUGUACAGCGAUGCAAUGCGACUGUUACGUUUGAAUCGAAAGACAGACCUUUCUUCCCUCCCACAGUCAAUGAGGGGGGCUUGCAUAAACUCUUUCAGAGGGUUGCAGGCGAUAUGCUUGGCACUGCUGGAGUAAACGAUAUGCAACCAUUGAUGGGAUCCGAAGAUUUUUCCUUUUACCAAGAGAUAAUUCCGGGUUACUUCUUUUUUCUGGGAAUGAAGGAUGAAACAUUGGAACAGCCUGUUAUGCCUCACUCACCCUAUUUCAGAAUCGAUGAAGGUGGGCUUCCUUAUGGUGCUGCACUGCAUGCAUCAUUGGCAGUUAGGUACCUUUCUGAAAGCCAGACGGCAGCUCGCACGUAUAACGGAUAUCAUCAUGAUGAAUUAUGAGGCGUUCUUGUUCGAACAUUUGAUCGUGUAAAGUCCAAAUGUCACUUCAAAAUGCAGGCAUCGGCAAGAGAUACCACCAGAACGAUGGGAUUGGGGUUUUGUCAAUUGUUAAUGUACAGUAUCACUAAUCUUUGCCUUUAUGAAGCUAACGAACUUCAUCACUAGCAAGAAUUUGCAUUCCUCAAUUAUACAGCCAAGACAUGGGUAGGUGGCUAAUUCUGACUCCUUCCUAUGAACUCAUUUUGUGACAACAUU